GACGAAGCAGCUCUUGUUAUCAACAGUUCAUCACUUCUUCAUCCAAGUACUUCAGAGAAGAACCAGGGCUGCUCUCUGACACCUGCCAGGAGAGCGGCUUUGUCACUGCGGUUGCUAGUAGCUGGAAUUCCUAGCCCUCAUGGAUGUGCUCGAGGUGAUCUGGGUCUUGCUACGCCUUUUGCUCGUUGCCUCCUUCGCGGCUUUCGUCUUUUUCUGCUGCUAUCUCAAAAGAGUCCACAUGAAAUACGACCAUAUCCCCGGGCCUCCAAGGGCGAGCUUUUUCCUUGGUCACUUUCCAAUCAUUUGGAGAAUGAUUAAAAAUCAGGAAGUGUAUCACGAUCUCUUUCUGCAGUGGGCUGAGCAAUAUGGACCAAUUGUGCGUUUAAAUGCUUUUCACAAAGUUGGAUUGUUAAUAACAAGUCCUGAAGGAGUAAAGGAGUACCUGAUAUCACCAGAAUACUCAAAGGACCCAGUUAUAUAUGGCAAUCUUUUUAAUAUGUGUGGUGAAAGAUUUUUAGGGAAUAGUUUGACAGUUGCUCUUGACUAUAACCAUUGGCUCAAGCAGCGGAGAAUUAUAGAUCCAGCUUUCAAGCGAACGUACCUGAAGGGCUUAAUGGGAACCUUUAAUGACCAAGCAGAAGCGCUUAUGAAAGAAUUGGAGAAAAAAGCAGAUGGAAAAACUGAAGUGAAUGUCAUGAAUUUGCUGAGACGGGUGACCCUGGACAUCAUUGCAAAAGCAGCUUUUGGCCUGGAGCUGAAGACCCUGCAUGAUGACCAAGCACCGUUUCCACAUGCUGUGAAUAUGAUCACGGAAGGUCUGAACAGUACACGUGUUCCUUUAUUCGAGUAUAUGCCGUGGAACAGAAAAAUUGUAAAAGAGAUUCGGGAAAGUGUGAAGUUGCUGCGUCGAACUGGGAAAGAGUGUUUCGAGCGGAGGCGCAGAGCUGUCAAGAAUGAAGAAGAGGUUCCAUUGGAUAUUCUCACUCAGAUCUUGAAGGGUGUAGCACAAGAAGGGGACUGUGAGGAAGAAAACAUGCUGGAUAAUUUUGUCAACUUCUUCUUUGCAGGUCAUGAAACCUGUGCUAAUCAGUUAUCUUUCACCAUAAUGGAGCUGGAACGGCACCCUGAGAUAGUUGCCAAACUUCAGGCUGAAGUGGAUGACAUCAUUGGCAUGAAGAAAGACAUUGCCUAUGAAGAUCUUGGGAAGCUCAAAUACCUGUCACAGGUUCUCAAAGAAGUCCUGCGGCUGUACCCACCAGCUGCAGCCACUCUACGUCAGACAAGAAAGGAAGAUGUAAUUGAAGGGACCAAAAUUCCAGAAAACACCACCCUGAUUUUCAGCACAUACGUAAUGGGACGCAUGGAAAGGUUUUUCAAGGACCCGCUUGUCUUCGAUCCGGAUCGAUUUAGGAAAGGCCAGCCAAGGCCCUACUUUUCAUAUUUCCCAUUUUCCCUGGGACCUCGUUCCUGUAUUGGGCAGAAAUUUGCACAGAUGGAGGCUAAACUGAUAAUGGCCAAAUUUCUGCAGUGGUUUGAAUUCAAGCUGGUUCCACCACAGAGCUUUAAAAUUUUGGAUAUGGGAACGCUGAGGCCAUUGGAUGGCGUAGUAUGCAGACUGAAACCACGACACCAGUUUGGUUAUGAAGAUUAAAUUAAAUAAUAACUGUGGUGGGGGUAUUGUCAAAUGUAUUUUGGAAUUCCUACCAGAAUGUGUUUAAAAUGCAUUUCUUAUUCUCAGUGUAAAUAAAUGUCAACACACACACACACACUGCAAUAAUAAAAACACACACAUUUGAAAUCUACAGAAGUCAUAGAUGAUAAAGUAAUGAAAACAUCUCUAACACUGAGUUUAAAUAUUUACAGGCCCAAGUUAUGCAUGUUUGCUCAGAAGUAAAUGCUGCUCAGUUUACUGGGAUUUCAUUUAUAGAUCGGUGUUAACAGGAUUUCAUUUAUAGAUCGGUGUUAACAGGAUUUCAGUCUUAAUCUUGGGCAAACAAUUCAGUCAGAAAUCUAAGAAGAACUGAAGACACAAGACUCAACCAAGCAAAACUAACAUGAGUUAAUUGAUGCUGAGUUCCCUAUGUGUAUAUAAAAAAAAACUUGGGCCUGUGCAAAAAGGAUCUUUGUCUUCUGAUUUAAUUUCACUAAAAACAACCAUUCCCAAACUAUUUCUAUCCAUUCCUGCUUCAGAAGAAUUGUAUUAUUUUCCAGGGUCUAGCAUGACCUAAACUAGCAGCAACCAGUACAAUUUAGUAGAUACCACAUAUUAAGUUCAGAAAACAGCUGGUCUAGUACAGCCUUUCCCAAAUUGGGUGUAGUUUUAGACUACAACUUCCAGAAUUCCUGACCAUUGGUCAUGCUGGCUGGGGCUUAUCGGAGUUGAAGUCCAAACUCCCUUGGGGAGAGGCGCCAUCUUCUGAAGACUCUCAACUUGUUGAGAGUUGAGAUCUGCAUCAGAUCCGACAGGUCCACAGUAUCUGGAAAAUUGGGGAAGGAUGGUCUGAUGGGGCAGAAAUAUUUAAGGCACAAUCUUAUGCAUGUUUAUUAUUUAUUUUAUUUAUUUAUUACAUUUUUAUACCGCCCAAUAGCUGAAGCUCUCUGGGCGGUUCACAAAAAGCUCUCUGGGCGGUUCACAAAAGCCAUAAAAAGCCAUAAAAAGUCCUACAACUCCCAGCAUUCCCCAGCCAAUAUGGCUGGCUGGAGAAUGUUGGGAGUUGUAGGUCUUUUUUCUAUCUAAAUUUGCAUAGAAUUGUGCUGUAAGUGUAUCAUAUCUUAUUUAUAAAUGGGUUUAAAGGAACUGCACUGGCUGCUAAUAUGCUUCUGGUCCAUCUGCUUAAAUCCUAAGGUGACUAACUGCCUGAUUUUGCCCGGACAUGUCUUCCUUUUCACAAGCUUGGGUGGAGGUGGGGAUUUUAAAAAGAUUUUAAAAGGUCCGGAAAAGGUGCGGGGGCUGCGACACAGUGCCCCAUGUUCUGAUUAACAAACUAGUUAAAAGUGGGCUAGUUGGAACAACUAUUUGGUGGAUUCACAGUUGGCUACAUAAACAGACUCAAAGAGUGUUUAUCAAUGGUAUCUUCUUAAAUUGGGGGAGGGAGGUAAGGAGUAGGGUACCUCAGGGCUCAGUCCUGGGCCCAGUGCUCUUCAACAUUUUUAUUUGAUAAAUAAAAGAGAAGGAGGAGGGCCUUCUCUGCUGUGGCACCCUGGCUGUGGAAUGAGCUCCCUAAGGAGGUUCGCUUGGCACCUACAUUAUAUGCUUUUAGACGCCAGGUGAAGACCUUUUUAUUCUCCCAACAUUUUAACAAUCUAUAAAUUUUAAAUAGCAUGGUUUUAAAUUUGUAAUUUUGCAUUGCUGCUGUUUUUAUCUGGUUGAGCUUUUAUAUUGUAUUUUAUAUUAUGGUUUUAUACUGUUGUUUUAUACUUUGAAUGGUUUUAAUUUUUGUGAACCGCCCAGAGAGCUCCGGCUAUUGGGCGGUAUAGAAAUGUAAUAAAUAAAUAAAUAAAUAAAUAAUGAUUUGGAUGAG